GUGAUUCCGUAUCCUCGAACGUCAUGGAGUCUAUCAAGACGACAGUGAAUGGGUGGAACAUCAUGGAGUCCAUCAAGACCGCAGUCAGUAGUUGGAACAUCAUGGAGUCUAUCAAGACCACAGUGGAUGGUUGGAGCAUCAAUAUGGAUGUUCUCUACUCGCCGUCUAGCUGGCCGAUCAGGCCUCUAUCCCUCGUUGCUAUGAUCAUACCCACAUACCUGAUACUGUUAUCGAUCUACCGCCUCUACUUCCACCCUCUUGCCAAGUUCCCCGGCCCCAAGCUUCCCGCACUCACCGGACUGUACGAGUUCUACUACGAGUGCAUUCUCGGCGGCAGAUAUUUCGAGGAAAUACUGCGAAUGCAUGAGCAGUAUGGUCCAAUCGUCCGUAUCCGACCAGAUGAACUCCACGUCAACGAUCCCGACUGGAACGAGCCCUUCAAGAUCAGCUCCCGAGUCAGCAAAUGGCACUGGUACUACCGCGCCUUCGGCUCCUCGCAAGCCUCUUUCGGAACCGUAGACCACGAGCUCCACCGCAUCCGCCGCAGCCCUCAGAAUCCAUACUUCACUGUCGCAGAAGUGCAGAAGUUUGAGCCAGAGAUUGAGCACAUUGUUGGCAUACUCUGCUCUCGUCUAGAAGAGGCAAAGAAGACGGGCGAACCGGUCAAUAUCUCGAAUGCGACGAAAUCCCUGGCUACGGAUGUAGUGACGGAGUUUGCGUUCCAUAAGUCGUAUAACCUCCUUAGUGAGCCUGACUUUGCGGCCGGCAAUCACAACAUGACGAGGACGUUUGCUCUGGUUGCAACGUGGCAUCGCCAUUUCGGGUUUAUUCUGCAGUUGUUCGAGGCUAUGCCUCGCUGGUUCGUUGCUCUAACUGACCCUUCUGCCGUCGCCAUGCUUGAUUUCUUCGAUGACAUCGAAAACCAAACCAAAGCCCUUAUUGCCAAGCACAAAGGGCACACCGGCAAAGACAUAGCCGCCGACAUCGUGCAACAGAUGCUCGAUUCCGAUAUGCCUGAAGUCGAGAAGAACACCAAGCAUCUCAUGCUCGAAGUGCGCACCAUCGUUGCUGCCGGGACAGAGACGUCUGGAAACACGCUCAGCGUUACAAUCUUCCAUCUCGUGGCCAAUCCAGAGAAGGCACUAAGAUUAAAAGAAGAGUUGUUGGAGGCGCAAAAGAAGAAUCAUGGGGUGCCGUUGACGUAUCAGGAGUUGUUACAGUUGCCGUACCUGAAUGCUGUCGUUUCGGAAGGUCUUCGUAUUUCCACCAGUGGAGCAGGCCGACACCCUCGAAUCAACCCUCGCAGUGCCAUGACCUACAAAUCCUGGACUAUUCCUGCCGGUACCCCGGUAAGCCUAACCCAAAAAUUCAUCCACGAGAACCCCACGAUCUUCCCAAACCCUCGCUCCUUCUCACCAGAGCGGUGGGUCAACGCCGCUGACCGGAAGCGGCUGGAGAAAUACCUGACGCCGUUUGGUCGUGGCUCGAGAGUGUGUGUUGGUAUGAAUCUCGCAAACGCAGAAAUGUAUCUAGCGCUAGCGAGAAUCUUCGCCUCUUUUGAUCUAGGGCUGUAUGAGACGAAUCGAGAGGAUGAUAUUGAUCAGUAUCAUGAUUUUAUAAAGGAUUUUAAGCUUUAA